AUGGGGACGAACACAGACAUUGGGACGAACACAGACAUUGGGACGAACACAGACAUUGGGACGAACACAGACAUUGGGACGAACACAGACAUUGGGACGAACACAGACAUUGGGACGAACACAGACAUUGGGACGAACACAGACGUUGGGACGAACACAGACGUUGGGACGAACACAGACAUUGGGACGAGCACAGACAUUGGGACGAACACAGACGUUGGGACGAACACAGACGUUGGGACGAACACAGACGUUGGGACGAACACAGACGUUGGGACGAACACAGACGUUGAGACGAACACAGACAUUGGGACGAACACAGACAUUGGGACGAGCACAGACAUUGGGACGAACACAGACAUUGGGACGAACACAGACAUUGGGACGAACACAGACAUUGGGACGAACACAGACGUUGGGACGAACACAGACGUUGGGACGAACACAGACAUUGGGACGAACACGAACACAGACAUUGGGACGAACACAGACAUUGGGACGAACACAGACAUUGGGACGAACACAGACAUUGGGACAAACACAGACAUUGGGACGAACACAGACAUUGGGACGAGCACAGACAUUGGGACGAACACGAACACAGACAUUGGGACGAACACAGACAUUGGGACGAACACAGACAUUGGGGCGAACACAGACAUUGGGGCGAACACAGACGUUGGGACGAACACAGACAUUGGGGCGAACACAGACAUUGGGACGAACACGAGCACAGACAUUGGGACGAACACAGACGUUGGGACGAACACAGACAUUGGGACGAACACGAACACAGACAUUGGGACGAACACAGACAUUGGGACGAACACAGACAUUGGGGCGAACACAGACGUUGGGACGAACACAGACAUUGGGACGAACACAGACGUUGGGACGAACACAGACAUUAGGACGAACACAGACGUUGGGACGAACACAGACAUUGGGACGAGCACAGACAUUGGGACGAACACAGACGUUGGGACGAACACAGACAUUGGGACGAACACAGACAUUGGGACGAACACAGACAUUGGGACGAACACAGACAUUGGGAUGAACACAGACGUUCGGACGAGCACAGACACAGACAUUGGGACGAACACAGACAUUGGGACGAGCACAGACAUUGGGACGAACACAGACGUUGGGACGAACACAGACAUUGGGACGAACACAGACAUUGGGACGAACACAGACAUUGGGAUGAACACAGACGUUAGGACGAGCACAGACACAGACAUUGGGACGAACACAGACAUUGGGACGAGCACAGACAUUGGGACGAACACAGACGUUGGGACGAGCACACACACAGACAUUGGGACGAACAUAGACACAGACAUUGGGACGAGCACAGACAUUGGGACGAACACAGACAUUGGGACAAACACAGACGUUGGGACGAGCACAGACACAGACAUUGGGACAAACACAGACAUUGGGACGAACACAGACAUUGGGACGAACACAGACAUUGGGACGAGCACAGACAUUGGGACGAACACAGACAUUGGGACGAACACAGACGUUGGGACGAACACAGACAUUGGGACGAGCACACACAUUGGGACGAACACAGACGUUAGGACGAGCACAGACACAGACAUUGGGACGAACACAGACAUUGGGACGAACACAGACAUUGGGACAAACACAGACGUUGGGACGAGCACAGACACAGACAUUGGGACGAACACAGACAUUGGGAUGAACACAGACAUUGGGACAAACACAGACAUUGGGACGAGCACAGACAUUGGGACGAACACAGACACAGACAUUGGGACGAACACAGACAUUGGGACGAACACAGACAUUGGGACGAACAUAGACGUUGGGACGAACACAGACGUUGGGACGAUCACAGACACAGACGUUGGGACGAACACAGACAUUGGGACGAACACAAACAUUGGGACGAACAUAGACGUUGGGACGAACACAGACGUUGGGACGAACACAGACGUUGGGACAAACACAGACGUUGGGACGAACACAGACGUUGGGACGAACACAGACGUUGGGACGAACACAGACAUUGGGACGAACACAGACGUUGGGACAAGCACAGACACAGACAUUGGGACGAACACAGACAUUGGGACGAACACAGACAUUGGGACAAAAACAGACAUUGGGAUGAAAACAGACAUUGGGACGAACACAGACAUUGGGACGAGCACAGACACAGACAUUGGGACGAACACAGACAUUGGGACGAAAACAGACAUUGGGACGAAAACAGACAUUGGGACGAAAACAGACAUUGGGACGAACACAGACGUUGGGACGAACACAGACACAGACAUUGGGACGAACACAGACGUUGGGACGAACUCAGACACAGACAUUGGGACGAACACAGACAUUAGGACGAACACAGACGUUGGGACGAACACAGACAUUGGGACGAACACAGACAUUGGGACGAACACAGACAUUGGGACGAACACAGACAUUGGGAUGAACACAGACGUUAGGACGAGCACAGACACAGACAUUGGGACGAACACAGACAUUGGGACGAGCACAGACAUUGGGACGAACACAGACGUUGGGACGAGCACACACACAGACAUUGGGACGAACAUAGACACAGACAUUGGGACGAGCACAGACAUUGGGACGAACACAGACAUUGGGACGAACACAGACGUUGGGACGAGCACAGACACAGACAUUGGGACAAACACAGACAUUGGGACGAACACAGACAUUGGGACGAACACAGACAUUGGGACGAGCACAGACAUUGGGACGAACACAGACAUUGGGACGAACACAGACGUUGGGACGAACACAGACAUUGGGACGAGCACACACAUUGGGACGAACACAGACGUUAGGACGAGCACAGACACAGACAUUGGGACGAACACAGACAUUGGGACGAACACAGACAUUGGGACAAACACAGACGUUGGGACGAGCACAGACACAGACAUUGGGACGAACACAGACAUUGGGAUGAACACAGACAUUGGGACAAACACAGACAUUGGGACGAGCACAGACAUUGGGACGAACACAGACACAGACAUUGGGACGAACACAGACAUUGGGACGAACACAGACAUUGGGACGAACAUAGACGUUGGGACGAACACAGACGUUGGGACGAUCACAGACACAGACGUUGGGACGAACACAGACAUUGGGACGAACACAAACAUUGGGACGAACAUAGACGUUGGGACGAACACAGACGUUGGGACGAACACAGACGUUGGGACAAACACAGACGUUGGGACGAACACAGACGUUGGGACGAACACAGACGUUGGGACGAACACAGACAUUGGGACGAACACAGACGUUGGGACAAGCACAGACACAGACAUUGGGACGAACACAGACAUUGGGACGAACACAGACAUUGGGACAAAAACAGACAUUGGGAUGAAAACAGACAUUGGGACGAACACAGACAUUGGGACGAGCACAGACACAGACGUUGGGACGAACACAGACAUUGGGACGAAAACAGACAUUGGGACGAAAACAGACAUUGGGACGAAAACAGACAUUGGGACGAACACAGACGUUGGGACGAACACAGACACAGACAUUGGGACGAACUCAGACACAGACAUUGGGACGAACACAGACAUUAGGACGAACACAGACGUUGGGACGAACACAUACACAGACAUUGGGAUGAACACAGACAUUGGGACGAACACAGACGUUGGGACGAACACAUACACAGACAUUGGGAUGAACACAGACAUUGGGACGAACACAGACAUUAGGACGAACACAGACGUUGGGACGAACACAGACACAGACAUUGGGACGAACACAGACAUUGGGACGAACACAAACGUUGGGACGAACACAGACAUAGACAUUGGGACGAACACAGACGUUGGGACGAACACAGACGUUGGGACAAGCACAGACACAGACAUUGGGACGAACAUAGACAUUGGGACGAACACAGACGUUGGGACGAACACAGACACAGACAUUGGGACGAACACAGGCAUUGGGACGAGCACAGACACAGACAUUGGGACGAACACAGACAUUGGGACGAAAACAGACAUUGGGACGAACACAGACGUUGGGACGAACACAGACGUUGGGACGAGCACAGACACAGACAUUGGGACGAACACAGACAUUGGGACGAGCACAGACACAGACAUUGGAACGAACACAGACAUUGGGACGAACACAGACAUUGGGACGAACACAGACAUUGGGACGAACACAGAGGUUGGGACGAACACAGACGUUGGGACGAACACAGACACAGACAUUGGGACAAACACAGACGUUGGGACGAAAACAGACAUUGGGAUGAACACAGACAUUGGGACGAACACAGACGUUGGGACGAGCACAGACACAGACAUUGGGACGAACACAGACGUUGGGACGAAAACAGACAUUGGGAUGAACACAGACAUUGGGACGAACACAGACAUUGGGAUGAACACAGACGUUGGGACGAACACAGACGUUGGGACGAACACAGACAUUGGGACGAACACAGACGUUGGGACGAACACAGACGUUGGGACGAACACAGACAUUGGGACGAACACAGACGUUGGGACGAACACAGACGUUGGGACGAACACAGACGUUGGGACGAACACAGACGUUGGGACGAACACAGACGUUGGGACGAACACAGACAUUGGAACGAACACAGACGUUGGGACGAACACAGACGUUGGGACGAACACAGACAUUGGGAUGAACACAGACGUUGGGACGAGCACAGACGUUGGGACGAACACAGACAUUGGGACGAACACAGACGUUGGGACGAACACAGACGUUGGGACGAACACAGACGUUGGGACGAACACAGACGUUGGGACGAACACAGACGUUGGGACGAACACAGACAUUGGAACGAACACAGACGUUGGGACGAACACAGACGUUGGGACGAACACAGACUUUGGGACGAACACAGACGUUGGGACGAACACAGACGUUGGGACGAACACAGACGUUGGGACGAACACAGACGUUGGGACGAACACAGACAUUGGGACGAACACAGACACAGACAUUGGGACGAACACAGACGUUGGGACGAACACAGACGUUGGGACGAACACAGACAUUGGGACGAACACAGACAUUGGGACGAACACAGACACAGACAUUGGGACGAACACAGACGUUGGGACGAAAACAGACAUUGGGAUGAACACAGACAUUGGGACGAACACAGACAUUGGGAUGAACACAGACGUUGGGACGAACACAGACGUUGGGACGAACACAGACGUUGGGACGAACACAGACAUUGGGACGAACACAGACGUUGGGACAAACACAGACUUUGGGACGAACACAGACAUUGGGACGAACACAGACAUUGGGACGAACACAGACAUUGGGACGAACACAGACGUUGGGACGAACACAGACGUUGGGACGAACACAGACAUUGGAACGAACACAGACGUUGGGACGAACACAGACGUUGGGACGAACACAGACGUUGGGACGAACACAGACGUUGGGACGAACACAGACGUUGGGACGAACACAGACGUUGGGACGAACACAGACAUUGGGAUGAACACAGACAUUGGGACGAACACAGACGUUGGGACGAACACAGACGUUGGGACGAACACAGACGUUGGGACGAACACAGACAUUGGGACGAGCACAGACGUUGGGACGAACACAGACAUUGGGACGAACACAGACGUUGGGACGAACACAGACAUUGGGACGAACACAGACGUUGGGACGAACACAGACGUUGGGACGAACACAGACGUUGGGACAAACACAGACGUUGGGACGAUCAGCGAGACAAGGACGGGGGCUAAAGUCAGACACGUGAAACAACCUGGAUUGGCUGCACAGCUCUCAAAGACUGUUCUGCAAAUGGCUGAGACCAGAUUCAGCACUUUAUAUCUCACCCUCAAGUCAGUGCUGGAUGUGUUUCCGGAGCUAAACGAAGCUAAACGAAAAGCUCCAUGCGCUUCAGCAUAA